GAAGAAAGAGGUUACACUCUUUUCUAUCUGUGGUUUCUUCGAGACGCUUCUUCUAUUCAAAUCGGGGAUUUAGGGUUUCUUUCCUUCUUCGUCGAUCGGUGAUUUGGGAACGCGAGAUUUCGUCGACAUGGCUGACCACAGCGAGCACGAUGAACCCAAGGCUGAGUCUCUGAUGGAGAAGAUUGCAGAGAAGAUCCAUGGCCAUGACUCGUCUUCUUCGUCUGAUUCUGACAACGAGAAAGAGAAAGAGAAAAGCAGCUCCUCUCCUUCUUCCGAUUUCAAGUCCAAGGUUUCCAGGCUCUUCGGCAGGGAGAAGCCCAUUCACCAUGUUCUCGGUGGCGGAAAACAGGCUGAUGUUUUCCUGUGGAGAAAUAAGAAGAUAUCAGGGACGGUGCUCGGAGUUGCAACAGUUGUAUGGAUUCUGUUUGAAUUGCUUGAAUACCACCUCCUCACUUUGAUCUGCCACCUGGCGAUACUUGCACUGACUCUAUUGUUCUUAUGGUCUAAUGGAUCCUCUUUGAUCAACAAGAGUCCGCCAAAGAUCCCACAAGUGCACAUUCCUGAGGAGCCUGUUUUACAGUUGGCCUCUGCUCUUAGAGCUGAUAUCAAUCGGGCUUUUGCUGUACUAAGGGAUAUUGCAUCCGGCAAGGAUCUCAAGAAGUUCCUCUCAGUCAUUGCCGGAUUAUGGGUUUUCUCUGUUGUUGGGAGUUGGACCAACUUCUUGACAUUGUUCUACAUAGCUUUUGUUCUGCUCCACACUGUACCUGUGCUCUAUGAGAAAUAUGAAGAUCAGGUGGACUCUAUCGGUGAGAAGGCACUUCACGAGUUUAAGAAGCAGUAUGCAGUGUUUGAUGCCAAAGUUUUGAGCAAGAUUCCCAAAGGUCCUUUGAAAGAUAAAAAGAAUGCUUGAAGUGCUGACAUAUAUGUUGUAGUUGGGUUUCAUCAACGUUCUGUUAAACUCAUAUCCAUGAUCCCUAUCUUGUUAUAUUUUAGGCUACCUUAGCAAACAUUGUUGAAGUGUUUUACAUGUUUUUUUGGUUUUCUGCUGCUUACAUGUACGCCUCAGAAUAUCCUAUAUGCUUAUGGAUGACUUGUUGUGAUGUAUUUACAUCAUUAAUAUACUCCGCUGCAUUUGAAUGCUUCA